GGAAGGAAAGGAAAAGAGGGAAGGGAAGAAAGAAAGGAAAAGAGGGAAGGAAAGAAAGAAGAGAAAAGAGUAAAGAAAAGAGGAUGCGAAGAGUGUGGAGGUGAAGGUAGAGUAGGGGAGGGGAGGAGAAGAGGAGAGGAAAAUUGAGAGGAAGGGUGGAAUGUGAACAAAUAAGGGCCAGAUUAUCAAAGUCCUUUUUAAAGGGGGUGACUUAAAAAAAAUAAAUAAAAAUUGACAAUGAGAAAUUUUAAACAGUAGAGGUGGAAGGGCUAUUUUUGAAGUGUUAUUAUAUCAUUCAGGCUAAGGUGAGGAGGGACAGGCAGCAGCAUCACAGGUGUGGAAACCCCCACCCCCACACACAGGAGCAUGCACAUAAUCCUAUUUAAAUGCAGGAGUUUACUGAGUGUACUUAAGGGCUCUUCCUCUUUAGUAAGAAAACAAAUAGGUUUAAUUCUCGUGUCCUCAGAAUAUCAUAGACAGGACCUUAAAAGUAUUCUUGUUUAAGGCUGAGAAUGAACUAUUCGAUUUUCCUUGUAUUUUUGCACAAUUUAUUUUCUUGGUUUUUUUUUUUUUUUUCUUAUCCCAGCAAAAGCACCCUCCAAUCUGAGACAAAAGCAUGACCAACCACACAACCGUGACUGAAUUUGUUCUCCUGGGAUUCAGGGAUCGUCCGGAGCUACAGUGUUUUCUUUUUGUGCCGUUCCUACUUAUCUAUAUGACCACUGUGAUUGGAAAUCUCGGCAUGAUCCUGUUAAUCAAAAUUGACUCCCAUUUCCACACUCCCAUGUACUUCUUUCUCAGUAACUUGUCCCUUGUCGAUUUCUGCUACUCUUCUGUCAUUGCCCCCAAUAUGCUGGUGAACUUCUGGGUGAAGAACCCAGUCAUUUCAUUUAAUGGAUGUGCCGCCCAAUUCUUCUUUUUUGGUUCCUUUGCUGGCAUUGAGGGCUUCCUGUUGUCUGUGAUGGCCUAUGACCGUUAUGUGGCCAUCUGCAAGCCUCUCCUCUACACAGUCACCAUGUCCCCCCAUCUCAGCAUCCUCUUGGUGUUAUUUACAUAUCUUGCAGGCUUUGUAAAUGCUGCCAUUCACACUGGCUUCACCUUCCAGCUAUCUUUCUGUUGCGCAAAUGUCAUCAACCACUUUUUCUGCGACACUCCACCGCUCCUUAAACUCUCUUGUUCUGACACACACAUCAAUGAGGUUGUCAUUUUUGCUUUUGCGAGUUUUAAUGAACUGAGCUGCCUCCUGACUAUUCUCAUUUCUUAUCUUUACACCCUGGUGGCCAUCUUGAGGAUCCAGUCUGCUGAGGGAAGGUGCAAAGCCUUCUCCACUUGUGCUUCCCAUUUGAUGGCAGUCACCAUCUUCUUUGGGACAAUCCUCUUCAUGUAUCUGCGCCCCAGUCCCAGCUACUCAAUGGACCAAGACAAAGUGGUAUCUGUGUUUUAUACACUUAUCAUCCCUGUGUUAAAUCCUCUUAUCUAUAGUCUGAGAAACAAAGAGGUCAAAUCUUCCUUAGGGAAAAUUUUUAAAACAAAUUAUUUUUACUCAUGUUGUUAGAAUCAUAGAAUGGUGGGAUUUGAGGACUACAAUGGAAAUUAGCUCUAACCGAACUCAGCUUCAUUCACCCUGGCUCCUACCUUUAUCCUGUCAUAAGCUUUCUUCUGAUAACAGAGUUGGACUAAAUGUCCCAGAUAUGUUAGGGAAUAUGGUCACUCUGUAUAAAUACCACUCAUUCCGCAGAACCUAAACUCCAGAAAAUAACCAAAUAUCACAUUUUAAUACCAUGUUCAUAGGUGUAAAUCCCAGUAUAGAAAUAGAUGGGGGAGAGAGAGAGAGUGAGUGGCCAGGGGACUGAUUCCAAUCUUCUUCCCUGUCUAAUGGCAUCUUUAUCAGGUGGUGGUGGACCUGUCAGAGGAGAGGUGAUUAGGACCAAGCUGAGUCAGAAUAUCCCAAAGGACUCUGACAGGGUUUUGAGGCUGCCUUUUUCCCUAGUGAAUCAGAGACAAAUUUUAGAACUAAGUCUUGAUAGGGGUGCUGAAGUCCAGUGUUUCUAACCUGGGCAAGUAAACUAGACUGCUUAGGGAAUAAUGUGAACAGACUAUUGACCAAAUCUAAGAGGAUAACAGAGGAAGAAAAUUAAGGGUCACAGAAUGGAAGUUAUUGGGGUUUAGAAAAAAAUAUCUUUCAUAAUUUCUGGAGAUAAAUUCUCAAAUUGUCUGUCAUUUGUGUGUUAUCCUGUGUAGGCAUGAAAAGCUAGAGCAAGAUGAAUAUCAUUUCCCUAGUAGGUCAGCAAAAAAGACCCUCAAUGAGAUGGAUUGACACAGUGGCUGCAGCAACAGGCUCAAACAUAGUCAUGAUUGUGAGGAUCCAAUGGACUGCGUCAAGUGUUUCGUUCUGUUGUAUAUAGGGUCGGUAUGAGUCAGAACCAACUCAAUGGCACCUAACAGCAAUAAUGUCUUAAUAAAUAACCGUACAUAUCUAUUUUACUACUGUCUGAAAUUUUUUAAGGUUUUGAGUUAACUGGAUUGGUAUUUUCAUGACUGGGGUGUCUCCCCUAAGGACUUGAUUUUCUUUACAGAUGAUGACCACUGACAUGUGAAAAAAAAGUGCUUUGACCUGCUUGGUAUUGGAUUAAAAUAAACUACUUAUGAUCCUCACAUACGAGGGUAAGCAGAAAGGUAUUGCUACCAGGGUUCCAGUCCAUAUAUGCAUAGGCUUACUCAAAACAAAACGUAUUUAAAUAUUUCUCUGUUAUCA